GGGAACUUAAUCUCAAUGUCUAGAACUUCGACACGAGGCGAAUCCAACCCCGAUCUAUGGAUACAAAGUACCACACAAUUUCAGAGCCCUGCUCUGGGUUCUUCGAAGUCCCUCUAUAAUACAGUACCGUACGUUCCUUGCAAGAGAAAAUCAAUUUAUCGUAGUCGUAAUCCGGAUGAUCCUGCGGGAUACUGCCCAUGAUUGGCCCCAGUCACAAUCCUUAUCAUCCCAUCUUAACAUCCUUCACAUCCAUCUAUGUAAAAAGCAUUGGUGGUGGGUUCUCUCGGCAGGCACCAGGGGCUGGAAUGUCGAUGGAUGAGGGUGCUCUUAUCCGAAAACGGUACGGCAACUACUCCUCUGGGCAAAGCAUGCCCAAACUGGCACAUGUCUUCCCAUCUGGUUUUGCCUGUACUAUGGUUAGCAGGAGGAAGCAGGGGCAAA